UACUCUUCAAGAACAGAAUAACUCUGCAAGAUUUCUAUUAACAAUACCUACUUUUUGUGUAUUUUAGCGAAAAAGUUAUCAUAUUCUAACGGAGCCACUACGUUAAUUCAUUGACGUUCAGAAAGCAAGCUCUGGUUAAGGAAUCUACUGCUGAAUCAGAGAUAUUAAAAAGGUAUAAAUUUUACACAAUGAAUGCAGAGAGCCUAAGUCUGUGUGAGAAGCUAGUUCCCGCUUCUUAUGUUCAACAGGGGGCCCAGGCAAGACGGAUGCUUGAAAAUAAGAUCAGAAUAUUUAUACAACAUAGAAAGCUGCCCGACACUGGCUGGGCUGACCACGAGAUAGAGAUCUUACUACAGGAGUUAUCCACCAUGGACAGCAACAAUUUCCCAGGGAACUGUGGGGUGGGGGAGAGAGAGGGGCGACUAUACUCCAGUCUUGUUGCAAGGAGACAUUUCAGACUUGCUCAUGGCAUUGGCAGAUCAGGGGAUAUAACCGCUGUCCAGCCCAAGGCCGCGGGCUCCAGUCUGGUCAUGAAGCUCACCAACAGCCUUGCCCUCGAUGUUAUCAAGAUCUCAGGUGUGCAGUCAGUGGCCAGCUGUUUUGUUGUUCCUAUGGCAACUGGGAUGAGCUUGAUGUUGUGCAUGCUGGCGUUCCGAGCAAAGAGACCAAACGCCAAGUAUGUGAUAUGGCCCCGCAUUGACCAGAAAUCCUGUAUAAAGAGUAUGAUAACAGCUGGUCUGGAGCCUGUUGUCAUUGAAAACAAACUUGAAGGUGAUGAGCUGAGGACAGACGAGGUUGCCAUGGAAACCAAGAUACAGGAGCUAGGACCAGAGAACAUUGUAUGCGUCAUGACAACCACCAGCUGCUUUGCUCCCAGGGCUCCAGAUAGGUUGGAGGAGGUCGCUGUUCUGUGUAAGAAGUUCACCAUUCCACAUCUAAUCAACAACGCAUAUGGUCUCCAGUCCUCCAAGUGUACCCAUCUCAUACAACAGGCUGCUAGAACAGGUCGUGUUGAUGUGUUUGUUCAGUCCCUGGAUAAGAACUUCCUUGUGCCAGUGGGAGGCUGCAUUGUGGCUGGCUUUGAUCCAAACCUUAUACAGGACAUCAGCAAGUCAUACCCGGGUAGAGCUUCAGCUGGGCCCAGCCUCGACCUGUUUAUCACACUGUUGUCUAUGGGCAGUGCAGGGUACCGCCAACUCCUGCAGGAACGGAAACAGAUGUACACCUACCUGGGGGAACAGCUGAGGCUCUGUGCUGACAGGAAUGACCUUAGGGUGCUAGAUAUUAAACACAAUCCAAUCUCUUAUGCAAUUGGCCUACCAGAAGCCACAGAUGGGAAAGUGACAGAGCUGGGAGGCAUGCUGUUUACAAGAUUCGUCUCCGGGGCCAGGGUCAUAGAGAAGUCUGAUAAAGUGACAACAGUGAGUGGUCAGUCGUUUACCAAUUUCGGGGCUCACCACGACAACUUUCCUUGUUCCAACAUGACGGUGGCAGCUGCUGUGGGCAUUACAAUGACUGAUAUAGACACUUUCUUUACACGCUUUGAUCAGUGCCUAAAACAUUUCCGGAAAACUCAUAAAACAAGUGUUAUUGUUUCGCAAGAAAACAAUGGCGCUAAUGAAACAAGAUUGAAUGAACAGUUCCAGGAAAAGAGUGCUUUAGAUUCCAAAACGGGUAAAGGGGAAAGUACUUGAUUUGUAUGUGCCAUGUAACGGCUUUUAUAGAUGUAAAGAUGUUAAAUUAUUACUGUAAUAAAGUAAUAUAUCCAUCAUUAGGGUGCAAUGAUGUGUUAGUCCAUUUCAGAGAUUAACAUCGAGACCAUUUCUUUGUUUACUUUAUAUUGAUUGACUGAUUAUUAUUCUUUUGGCAUGGAUUACAUUAAUAACACCAUUAUGACACUGCUAUUUUGAUACAUAUGUCAAAAGAAGGUAAUAAAACAAAAAAUUAGGGUGAUUUAAUAGAAACUUUAUUAAUUUGUUUCUUAAAUAAAAUAAUGUUUAUAUAAAAAUUGCUGUUGGUGAAAACUUGUAAAACAUUCAAACUUAAUAUUUUUAAACAGGUUUUCACAUAGUGGUUAUUAGAAUGACGAAUGUCGUUGUUCAGGCGUGUGGCCUGCCGAGCGGGCGGCCGGGCAGCUUCAAACUCGCCUAUGAAACUGAAUAAUUUCCAGGUUUUCACAUAGUGAUUUCACAUAGGGUUGACUUUAGUCAGGGUUCACAUUUCUUGACCAAACUUCAUAUAAAGGAAGAAUUUAUGGAGACCUUUCAUGGGAAUGCAUUUGGGAUACCUAUGGUCAAGGUCACUGUUACUAAAAAUAGAAGAAUGGUUGAAACUAAAAAAAAAUCAGUCAGGGUUCACAGAUCUUGACCAAACUUGGUAUAUAGGAAGAGUUUAUGGAGACCUUUCAUGGGAUUGCGUAUAGGGCUUCUAGGGUCAAGGUCAAGGUCACUGUUACUAAAAAUAAAAGAAUGGUUGGAACUGAAUAACUUUAAUCAGGUUCACCUUGACCAAGCUUGGUCUACAGGAAGAGUUUAUGGAUACCUUUCAUGGGAUUGUGAUUGGGGUCGCUAGGGUCAAGGUCACUGUUACUAAAAAUAGAUAAAUGGUUGAAACUGAAUAACUUUAGUUAGGGUUGACAUAUCUUGACCCAACUUGGUCUAAAGGAAUAGUUUAUGGAUACCUUUCAUGGGAUUGCAUUUGGGGUCCCUAGGGUCAAGGUCUUUGUUACUAAAAAUAGAUAACUGUUUGGUACUGAACAACUUUAGUUAGAGUUGACAUAUUGUGACCAAUUUAGUAUGUAGGAAGAGUUUAUGGAGACAUUUGAUAGGAUUGCGUUUGAGGCCCCAAGGGUCAAAGUCACUGUUACUAAAAUAGAUAACAGUUUGGUUUUGAACAACUUUAGUUAGGGUUGACAUAUUGUGACCAACUUGGUAUGUAGGAAGAGUUUAUGGAGGACUAUCAUUGGAUUGCUUUUGGAGCCUGUUGCUGGGUCAAGGUCAAGGUCACUGUGACUAAAUAUAGAAGAAAAACAGUUGAAACUGAAUCACACAAUGAAGGAUGAAGUUCAUCUGUCCGUCAUUGAAAACCUGGUUUCGUCGCAUUGCGGCAUUUCUUGUUUAACAUUACAAUAGAAAUUUACCAGUCGAGUAUCAUUCUUUUGACUGCCCUGAUAGCUCAAUGCUAGAAUGUGUUCACUUUGCGUGUGGAAGGGCAUGAGUUCAAAACCCCAGCUGUGUCAAACAAAAGCAAAUGUUAAAAUAUGGUACCUGUAGCUCCCUUGUCUAGCGCUCAGCAUUAAAAGGGUAGUAUUGGGAAAAUGGUGUACUCAGGACUGGUUCAACCGAGAAAAAUGUAACCUGUGUAUUGGUGCUUUACACUGAGUACGUUGAAGAACCAAGAGGUCUCUUUGCAAAGAGUUAGCUAUUGCACCCAGAUCUCUUGUAUCUCACUCAGUUUUUUCAACCCUUCCAAUGUCUUCAUUUGACUGCAAAUUGCAGUUACUCUCACAUGUCACUUAAGGCAUAUAAAACACAAUUUAAGUUGUCAAGGCGGGGUUAAGCCAUAAUGCGGCCAAUAGGUGAUGGCAGACCUUGAUAAACUCAAAUAAACAAACAUAUUUUUUUUUGUAAUUAUGUUGGAUGAAUUUCCUUAAGGCAAAAGCAACAUUGGAGUAAAGCAAAGGUUUCAAUAGCAUGAUUUAAGUUUAUUUUGUGUUUGAGAAAAUUUACACAAUGAAUGGAAUAUUCCCUAUUUGUAUACCAGAAUUGUUAAAUCACUUAGCAUUAUUACAUUCAGGAUAAAAUAUCACCUGUUUCUAGAUAAAUCAUUGAAUUCAAAGUACAUGUACUUAUUUGCGUUUCAGUAUUAUACAGUCAAUUAAGCUUGCAAUACACAGACCUAUGUUUAAGAAUGGUUAUGCAUUUUGAAUGUACAUGUUACAAUGAAAUGAUUUAUAAAACGUUUGAAAAACCCUUCAAACUUUCCAACCUUAAUUUUUUGUCACCUUUUCUACAGUUCCCUUUUUUGCCCGUUAUUUUCUGUUUUAUUAUAUGAAGGAAAAAAACAUCGGAGUAUUUGUCAUUUUGGAAAGCGGACAGCUUCAGUAGAUUCUCAACAGACACAAGACCUUGUACCGUGGCCUUGACUUUAGUUCUAUUGUAGUGCAACACAUGUUAUGCGCUAGAACUCACUGUUUCCAUCUCCGGCUCAAACCGAGGUCAUAUAUGUUUGAAAUAUGUUCGAAAUAACCAGUGGUAUCUAUAAAAACAGAAUUCAUUCUGUAUGCUGUAUUCACAGGUCGAUAGAUUUUUAUGCAUUAAAACUAGGAUUGGAAGUUGUAGGUUCCAGUUCAUUUUUUGCAUUAGGUGUACAGAGCCUAGGCAUUUAGAUUGCAGAAAAUUCUGGAUCAUAUCAGAGACACCUAUAUAUGUACAUACAUUUAAAUAAAUAUUAAUGACUUUACCAUAUAUUACUGUCUUGUGUGCAUACUUUUAGUUUGUCAUGUUUAAGCACUCUUUUUAAGAAAUUAUUUGAUAUGAAAUACUUUCCACAAAAGUUGUCUGAAGGAUUUUUAGUUCCGUUGCAUAAAAAGGGUGAUGUAGAAAAUGUAAGUAAUUAUAGAGGAAUUACUUUGUUAAGUACACUUGAAAUUGUUUACAAAAAUUAUAAUUGAUAGAUUAAGUUCUUAACAUAUAUAUAUACAGGCACAAUCUGGCUUUAGAAAGCAGAUGUGAACUGCAGACAAUGUAUUUGUGUUAUAUGGUAUCAUUGAGCAUUUUUUAAACAAUAAGAAUCUUUUUUGCAGCUUUUAUUGACUUUACCAAGGUGUUUAAUUGUAUAGUUAGGGAUAACAUGUGGUUUCGACUCAUAAAGCUUGGUGUUAGAGGAAAAAUAUUACAUAUAGUUAAGUCAAUGUAUGAAAAUGUUAGAUCAAGGGUCAGAUAUUAAAAAGAAUGAAGUGAUGACUUUCCCUGUGUGCUCGGUGUUAGGCAGGGUGAAUCAUUAUCUCCCUUUUUAUUUUGUAUGUAUCUAAAUGAUAUAAAAGAACACUUUAUGCUUCAUGGUUUUGAAGGGGUUGAUUUAGAUAUGUUAAAAAUGUUCCUAUUUUUGAAUAAAUCCAAAUUACUGUUAUAUCUAUAUAGCAGCCACUGUCUAUUCACUGUGAUAAUAUUAUAGUAUUAUAUAUUUUAUAGUUUGUAUUAUAUAAUAAUAUAGUGUUAUUUAUUGUAAACUUAUGUAAUUAUGAAAUUGUAUUUGACCACUGAUCUAUGAAUUGUCAUGAUAUGUGUAUAUAUGCAUAAUUCUUGUAUGCUCAUGAGCUUAUGGCCUUUAUGCAUUUGAAAUAAACUAUGAAA